AAGCAGCAGCUGACAGAGUAUGCGUGGAGAAUGUUCAUGUCUAGGAAGAGAUCUGUGGCAAAGACUAUAAUAAACAAACGGCCAGGGAGACAUGCAGCGUUGCUGGAGUUGGAACGCAUUCAAAAUACUGAGGAGCAGAAAGAGAAAGAGAUGAGGCAAAUUCGAUUUCAGACUAUCAAGAUGAAGAAUAAACUGAAGUAUUAUGAGCACCAGCUGAAAGCGAAGGAGGAGCUGGCAGGUGGAUUAAACCUCAUUGACUAUGAGCAGCUGAAAAUCGAGAACCAGUCUUACGGUGAGAAAAUUGAGGAGCGCAAUGAGGAAGUCACAAAGAUGCGGAAGAAGAUUGCAUUUACCAUUGGCAUGAUGACCCACAUCAAGGAGAAGCUGGAGUAUGUGGAGGCUGAGAAUAUAGAGAAGAAAACCCAGCUCAUGGACCUUGAGGCCAUCGUGGCCCAGAAACGGGAAAUCCUGACAAAAACCAAACAAGCACGGGACAGAGUCCGGGCAGCCAAUUUCAAACUGAAGGAGAAGUGUGGCCUCCUGUGCAACAAAGUGCUGCUUCGUGACUAUGAGGAUAAUGUAGACACCAGCGAUAGACUGCAGCAAAAGCUGGAGGUACUGAAACGGCAGCACGCUGAUCUGACACUCGACUCCUAUGGUAUCAAGAAGAAAAUUGAGUGGGUGAAGACGGGACAGUUACAGACUCAGUAACAGCCCCUUCAGGGGAGCGUUUACAUUUUAUUCUGUUAUUAUAAAUAUUAAAUCAGCUGGCAUCUACACAUUUGUUUUACCUUUUGUUGCAGUAAGAAACAGACAAGGGGCAGCUUGUAUUGAUGUGGUAAGCCACGAGAUGAGCACAGCUACCAGUGAUCAAACUCUCUCUAUUUGUAGACGGGGAAACAAAUAACACAAUCGCAGCCCAUCUACAGUUUUCUAACCUCAUUAUCCGGCUCAAACCCAGCAUAAAACGUAAAGCUCAUUCGUAAACUUCAGUAGAUGUGAAUGUGAUUACUUAACACAGUGCUCGUUCCUACUUAACUAUAGUUACUGAAUCAACUCAUUGACAAAUUACAUUCUACCUCUCCCAUCUUACAGGAGAGAAUAUCAAUUGAUAGUUUUACAGAUUAAAUACAGAUGAGAUUGCAAAGAUUAACUUUUGACAUUAGCUAUAAGUAGCAGUUAACCACAAAACAAAAUGUCACAUCAGCAACAUGAACAUAUUUAAACUAAUAGCGCUCUUCACAAACAUUGUCUAAAAACUGACAGCGACAUUUAAUAUUUCUGGCUGAUGGAAUUGAACAGGAAUGUGAAUUACUGUACACAGUAGCUCUAAUAGUAAUCUUGCUUCAUCUGCUUCACUGUAGUUGCUGUAUCAGCUACAAUGUAGGCCAGUCACUGAUGCCUAUGUAGCAUUUCCCAGUUUCAGACGAUACCAUACUGAGCCAGUUCAUGCAGCUCCAAGUGGCUGAAUGCCUCCCAAGGACAGAUCACCGUGAUAUCUGUAAAAAUUAGAGGGUCUAUUAACUGGUCUUUUCUAUCAACUUCUCCAUGUUGAUUUUUGAAAGCACCAACUCUGAGGUACAGGGCUCCGUAAGUGCCUUGUCCACGUGGUUAUUAAACAUAGUUGUGUGCAAGUUCAGCACUUGCCGCCCCUGUGAGAUCAGAUUAAAAUUCAGUGCUUUUGAGUGAGUGGUUAGGAAUGACUUCUUUACAUACCUGUGCCAAGGCCCUCCAUGCCAGGAAUAUCAUCUCCAAAUCUGCAGAAGAAUGAGAAUCAGUGUCUGAAACCCCACUUAGCACAAAGAUGUUCAAUACAACAUCA